UGGUUAUUAUCUUUGAUAAAAAUCUAUGAUUCGCAGAAGACGUUUCAGCAUUCAACAGUUUGUAAUCAAUAUUUUCUUUAUUAGAAGCAAUUUGAAUUUUAACAGUUUCCCAGAAACGCCCUUCAAAUAUAAAUCUGAAAUACGUAAGGCAUUGAUAGUAGACUUGAAAAAAGCGAUGACUAACGAUGAACAUUUACAACAAUCUGAAAUUCAGAAAAAGAUCGAUGCUCUUUGUAAAUGGAUGUGUACUGCACCUAAGAGAAGCAUUUAUAGAUUAGAUCGUUUUAUGGAUUAUCAUACAAAUGAUCUAGACAGUUUAUGCAAAGCAUUGAAGCAGGAUGGCAAACCAGAUCCAUCUAUUCACUUCUUACCAGAUCUUCCGAAUGGAAUAGUUGCAGUCGACAGUUGGGAUUUAUCGGUAUUUCUUGAUUUAAAGAGAUAUCCCGAUGAAAUUGUUGUUGACGCUAUUUGUGGUGCAGCUGUAUUAAGAGGAUCUCAUGUUUAUGCUCCUGGCAUUAUUGGAAUGCCAAAUGGUUUAAUCAUUAAUACUAAAGUCAGUGUAUUUGCUGAUGUUACUGGUCAGUGUAAAAAAGGUUUGAUUAAACCAUAUGCAAAUAGCAAUAAGGUAUAUUUAGGUAAUGGUGUUCUUCGACAAACAAGGAAAGAAUUGUUUUGCAAAGCAGCGAGAAAUCCAUGUGGUGUUGCGAUAAUUAUGACUGAUGUAAUCUCACGAAUUCCACAAUUUAAUGUAAAUGAUGAAUCUUUGAGACCACAUAUACAGUUGCAAAAUUUACCAUCUAUUGUGUGCAGCCUAGUUUUAAAUCCUCAACCAGGUGAAAUAAUUUUGGACAUGUGUGCUGCACCUGGUAACAAAACCACACAUAUUUACUUACUUAUGAAAGGACAGGGUACAAUAAUAGCUCUGGAGAAAAAUCCAGGUAAAGUAACGCGAUUUAAGGAAAAGUGUAAUAAGAAAAAUAUAAAAAUAUUUUGUUAUGACGCUACAAAAGCCGUCAUUGAACACAGCCAUAGUUUUAUCCACAUUGACGGACCUCCAUUCGAAGAAAAUUAUUUCGAUCGCAUUCUCUUAGAUACUCCAUGCAGCGCUUUAGGACAAAGACCACAAUUAUACAAUACGAUCACAUCGACGCAACUUCAUUCUUACAUUCCCUUACAACGAAGUCUAUUUUCUGUUGCCGUUCGACUCUUAAAACCAGGAGGGACAUUGGUAUAUAGUACAUGUACUGUAACAAUAGCAGAGAACGAAGGGAUUAUUGCUUGGGCAUUAAAGCAAUUUCCAAAAUUGAAAUUAGAAUCUAUUAAAGAUCAAAUAAAGACAGACAAAUAUGGUACUGAAGGCUACGUCAUAGAUGGUUUAACGAAUGUGAAUGCAAAGAAAGUUCGAUCAUGACAGUGAACUGAGAACUGGGUCUUGUCAUCAAUUGAAAUCUGGCUGAAGAAUUGCUCACGUUUUGUAGCAUCACAACUUUCUAUAAUUAGGGGGAGGAAAAGAAGUGUGUGUGUGUGAGAAAGAGAAGGGUAGAAAUAGAGUAUUAAUUUAAACAUUUUAUUUUAUAAUGCAUAUACCCGGUACAACUUAUUCGUCUCAUAGUUGUAAAAGUCCACAGAGCUAGGAAUUGCAAUUAAGAUUGUUUUUUGUAACUUUGUUUCCGAUCUACUUUUCUUUGGUCGUCGAACUGAUAAGGGAAUAGUUUGUGAUUCCACUGUUCUGAGAAUGGUAAAAAUAAUAAAUGUGAUACGUACAGAUAUAUCGUAACCUCGCUGUUUAUUUUCGGUUAUAUAAAAUAUGCGUUAUUGAUAACGAGGUGUUAGUUGAGCGAUAUAUAUAUAUAUUUAAAAGUUGUCAAGAGAAAUAUAAUAAAAAGCAAUGGAAUAUUUUAAAUACCUGACAUAAAAAUUUAUCAUGAGGAUUACAGAUAAGAUUGACGUUUUUAAUAACAGGAUUUGUCGCAAGUAGCAAUAUUGCGAAAAAUAGGCUGAUUUGUAAAAAGUUAUAAUUUUACAUUUACGUACCAAAAACGAUGGUAAUAGGAUUAUAUGCGAGAUAAACUUGAGAAUUAAAUACAAACAUAUGACAUAUUCCAGCAUAUUUCAAAUAUUUUAUCUAAAUAUAUAGUCAAAAUAAAACAUCGCCGAUAUAUGAAAUGUCA